AUGAGUGACGUAUUUGAAGGGUACGAGCGCCAAUACAGUGAGCUCUCUGCCAACCUCACCAAAAAGUGUACGGUAGCUGGUGCUCUUGAUGGAGAGCAAAAGAAGCAAAAGAUUUCUGAAAUAAAGGCUGGAAUUGAUGAUGCAGAAUCUUUGAUCCGGAAAAUGGACCUCGAGGCAAGAAGUUUGCCACCAAAUAUUAAAGCUGUGCUUCUUGCCAAGUUGAGGGAAUAUAAAUCAGAUCUGAAUAAUCUGAAAAGCGAAGUUAAAAGACUUGUAUCUGGUAACUCAUAUUCAUCUGCCCGGGAUGAGUUGUUGGAAUCAGGCAUGGCUGAUACUCUGACGGCAUCAGCUGAUCAAAGAGGAAGGCUAAUGAUGUCAACAGAGAGAUUAAACAAGACUAGUGAUAGAGUUAAGGACAGUAGAAGAACCAUGCUGGAAACAGAAGAGCUUGGUGUUUCAAUCCUUCAAGAUCUGCAUUCACAGAGACAGUCUCUGUUACAUGCAAAUAACACGCUUCAUGGGGUGGAUGACAACAUAGGGAAAAGCAAGAGAGUUUUGACUUCCAUGGCACGGAGGAUGAGCAGGAACAAGUGGAUUAUUGGCAGUGUUAUUGCCGUUCUUGUCAUUGCCAUCGCCUUGAUCUUGUACUUCAAACUUAAAUAG